GGGAUUUUCUUAAGAAAUUAUUUCAUGAGUUUACAGGAAGCCUCCUUCAAAAAGCCUUAAAAACAGGUAAUGAUUUCCAGCUAAAUAAAAUGUUGUACUGGGCAAUACUAGUCAACACUAGCCAAUCAUUACCUUUAACUUAAUAAAUACUGGGUAGACUGAGCCUCAUGUAAGCAUUUUCAACAAGACAGGAUUCAACAUGAGCAUCCAGGCAAGUCAAUGUUUUUCAUUUAAUUUGCUUUACAUUUUUUUUCAUUUUUUGAGCCAAAAUUGGAAAAAAAAAUAAUACAAAAGAAAAACAAUUUAAUAAAAGAAAAUUAUAGACAGUUUCUUAAAACAAAUAUAAAAACUUAGAAAAAUAAUUUUCAUAUACAGUGAAAUCUAUAUGUACUUUUAAAAUGUUUAUUUAUCUUAGCUAUAUUUCAAAUUAGAUUCCAUAUUUUAUCAGAUUCUCAGAUUGUCUCUACACAAUACAGGACAUUUUUUUCUGGUUGACCAGUAAUAAUUGUCCAUUCUGUAUCAACUCAACCAGAGAUCGCUGGCUAAAAAUGAUUUUUUUUCACCUUUAUUUAAUUUUUUUUCAGCUGAAAGAAAGCUAAAAUAUUUAAUGCCAUGGAUGAAUAUUUAGUUAACUGCCUCAGUGUCUGUUUUUGCUAUCUAGAUUGUAAAAUCAAAUGUAUUUGCACAUUCGGCAUAUGAAACAUAAUGGAUGAUGAUACAGAAAUCGCUGUUGUUGGCAUUGGAUGCCAUUUUCCUGGAGGUGAAGGACUUGAAAACUUCUGGCAAGUCCUCCUUCAUGGAGAGAACUGUGCAGUUCAGAUACCAAACGACAGGUUUAAUCUCUCUCAAUGGUAUGAUCCAAAUGAGAGUAAGGCAGGAAAGACACACACAGCAAAGGCAGCACUUAUUGAUGGCUUCAAUGAGUUUGACCACAAGUUCUUCGGCAUCACUAAUGCUGAAACAAUCACCAUGGACCCUCAGCACAAACUUCUGUUGCAGUGCACCUACAGGGCCCUAGAGGAUGCUGGGAUACCAAUGGAAAAGGCCAGUGGAACGCGAACAGGAGUAUUUAUGGGCCUAAUGAACAGAGAGUUUGAGCUGGCAAAUGUGAGGAUGAAUCCAAAACACAUAGACCACACCAACGCCACUGGUGCUGCUAUGAGUAUAGCUGCCAACCGCAUCUCAUACGUAUUCAACUUCACUGGCCCCUCACUGUCCAUUGACUGUGCCUGCUCCUCAUCCCUCGUUGCCCUUCACUUAGCUUGUCAAGCCAUAAAACAAGGAGAUUGUGAUAUGGCCUUGUGUGGUGGUGUGUCCUGUAUAUUGGAGCCGACACUUUUUGUGACUCUCUCCAAGGCAAAAAUGAUCUCCUCUGAUGGAACAAGUAAACCUUUCAGCAGCAAAGCAGACGGAUAUGGCAGAGGUGAAGGAUGUGGGGUUGUUCUAUUAAAGCCUCUGAAAAAACUAAAUACAAAGAUUGCUUUUGAAGACCAUGAUCACAUUUGGGGCAUCAUCAGCAAAACUGCAGUAAAUCAAGAUGGCCACACCGUUAGUCCAAUCACCAAACCAUCCAUGGUACAGCAGGAGGAGCUGCUUAGAAAAAUCUACUCAACAGAGACUGACCUGACUAGUGUCCAGUACAUUGAGGCUCAUGGGACUGGGACUCCAAUUGGAGAUCCAAUAGAGGCAGGUAGCAUCUCAAAAGUCAUUGCCAAAUCAAGACCUCAAAAGUCAGGGCCACUUAUUAUUGGUUCAGUUAAGAGCAAUAUUGGACACACAGAAUCUGCCGCAGGUGUUGCAGGGCUCAUAAAGGUUUUAUUGAUGAUGCAGCAUGAAACCAUUGUGCCAUCAUUGUUCUACUCCAUUGAAAACUCCAGCAUAGACACUGAAUCUCUCAAUAUGAAAAUCCCCACCGCAGCAGAAAAAUGGAUCAGUAACUGCAGAGCAGAGAGAUCUGCAGGAAUCAAUAACUUUGGUUUUGGUGGAACAAAUGCACAUGCAAUUGUCAGACAAUAUGUGCAGUCAAAAAAGCCAAAAGCUCAGCUGAUCAGCAAAUCCCGUCAGUAUUUUGUGGUCUCUGCAGCCUCAGAAAAAUCCAUGAAAAAUAUGAUUGAAGAUACGGCAGAACAGAUCAGUGCAGGGAAAAUAUCAGAUCUACAGUCUUUACUGUACACAUCCGCAUGUAGAAGAAGUCACUUUAAACACAAAUACAGAAAAGUAUUUCAAACAUCAUCAUUGGCAGAUCUGCAAGAUAAACUUUCUUCUGUUGUAAAUAAGAAGCUUGUACCUUCAAAGACAGACUCCAAGCUAGUUUUUGUGUUUUGUGGCAAUGGUGUUACAUAUCAGGGUAUGUGCAAGCAGCUCUUAAAACAAGAGCCAGUUUUCAGAGAGGAAAUUGUGAAGAUUGAAACUCUGUUCAAAAGCUAUAAAAGUUUGAAUCUGAUAGAGAUGCUGGAGAGUGAAUCUGAGAAAAGUACAGAGCUGUCUGAUCCAAAAAUUGUCCAGCCUCUUCUGUUUGCUAUUCAGGUUGCUGUUGCCAAACUUCUGAAACACUGGGGCAUCAGUCCUAAUGCUGUUUUGGGGCAUUCUAUUGGAGAAGUUGCUGCAGCUCAUUGUUCUGGUUUGCUGUCACUUGAAGAUGCAGUGAAAGUCAUCCACUAUCGCAGUUCUUUGCAAAGCACUGUGACUGGAGGAAAGAUGCUGGUAGUCAGUAAUAUGGCUGUUUCUGAAGUCUUGAAAAUUCUUCCAUCUCAUUCAGGAAGGGUUUGUCUAGCUGCUUAUAACAGCCCUCAGUCAUGCACCCUCGCAGGAGAUGCAGAUGACAUUGACAUGUUGCAAAAGAAUUUGAUCAACUCAGCCAGUGGAAAAGAUUUGUUCCUUCACAUUUUAGAUGUACCUGCAGCAUACCACAGUCACAAGAUGGAUCCCAUUUUAUCCAAAGUGAAACAGAGUAUAGGCUCAUUGCAGGCACAUAAUUUGGAGGCGGAACUGUUCUCAACAGUGACAGGUGUUACUUUGUGCUCCUCAGAUUUUACUACUGGUGAAUAUUGGGCAAAGAAUAUCAGAGAACCAGUUGAAUUUGAAAAAGCUGUAAAGUCUGCAGCUAAAAAUAAAAGGAAUGUGAUAUUUGUUGAAAUUGGUCCAAGAAGAUCUUUGCAGAGGUACAUCACUGAGACUCUGGGAAAUGAAUUCACUGUGAUUCCCUCAGUGCAGCCAGAUAAAGAUCACGAGACAAUGCUUGCAGCUGUUUCCAAACUGUUUGAGCUUGGGGUCAAAGUGGACUGGGAAAAAUUCUUCAAAGGUUUUGAGACUGUGCCAAUUCCCUACCCACGAUACCAGUUUGAUGAUGUGAAGAGAGAUGUCUUUGCUUCAAAUUUGCAGUUGAUCAGUCCCACUGGCAACCAUCCAGUAGUUACACAAAUUGGUACAGACAGUUCAGUGUUCAGCUGUGAUUUAUCCUCUGAUUCAAUGGCCUUCCUAAAGGACCACAAGCACAGUGGGGUUGCCAUCAUUCCUGGGGCAUUUUAUGCAGAGUUAGGUUUAGCAGCUUACAUGGCAUAUGCAAAACCUAAGGUUCCAUUAAGUUCUCUGCAGCUCAGCAUAACAUUCCAGAGUCCAUUCGUUUUCACCCAGAAUGCCCCAGAUAUAAAAAUACAGCUGGAUCAUUCAGACCAUUUGACUGAUAACUCAUGUAACUUCAAAAUACAGUCUACAUCUGCAGUCUAUGCAUUUGGCACAGUAGAAGCAAAACCAGGUAGAAGUCCUGAAGAACAGUUCAUUUCAUUAGACUGUAUUUCUAAAAGAUGCACAUUCCACAUGAGUACUGAAGAACUCUACAAACUUCUAAGUCAAGCAGGAUUUGAGUAUGGGUCUGUCUUCAGAAAUAAGGCAGAUGUUUACUGUGGGGAAGAAUUUAGAGAGGCUAUAUCUGUUGUGAAGGUCCCAAAGGAAAUACUGCCUCAGUUACAUGACUAUCACCUUCACCCUGUGGUCUUGGAUUACGUCAUGCAACUUGUUCUUGCAACUAUAGGGGGUGUAUCAACAAGACCCCAAUAUCCUGUGCAAAUAGGACGCCUGACUGUAUUUGAACCAUUGCAAGAGGAGAUGGUUGUAUAUCUGAGAGCAGUACAUGUGGGAGAAGAUGAUUUUGACAUUUGUGGCUGCUUAGCCAACAAACAGGGUAGGGUUUUAGUUGAACUGAAGCAUGUGAAGGUUAAAAUGCUAGGAAGUCAUCCCCAAGUAGUCAAGGAGUACUUCUUUCACAACAAUUUCAGUAUCAUCUCUGAAGUUGCCACUCUUGAUACACAGAUUAAGGCACUGGUCUUUUCUGACCAGAAGGGAAUUUGUAAAUCUUUGCAACAGUACUUGGACCCAACAUCUAGAUAUGUGUCUUCUUCAAGUGGUAACAUACUGUUAGAAGAUGGAGUUGAACUUCUUUUGUCAAAACUGAAAAUUUCAAGUGUAAAGAAAAACUUCCAGGAAAUUUUGUUCAUGUUGGGUGAUGCAGACCUAACCUCGUGCAAAUCAGAGAAGAUCUUGGACUGUAUGGUGGGGUGUUGUGAGAUUUUCCGAAAGCUUGUCAGAUAUCUCAAGGCAUUACGUUUCCCAGGUGAUAUCAGAGUAAUAACCUAUAGGUGCUCUGAGAGCUUAGUGGACCACAUAAACCCUGGGUUUGUUCUGUCAGGCAUGACAAGAGCAUGUGCAGCUGAAUUGUCAGAACUUUCCUUCCAGCUGAUUGACAUGGGCUCUGCCACUUUUGAAGACAUCAAAGCUUUGGUUCAGGUCCUCAGGUCUUACCCCUGUAACAAAUAUCCAGAGCUAGUAUUGAAGGAGGGCAAAAUUCUCAAACCUGAAGUCACCCACACACCUUUGCCAACCAUGGCAAUCUCUUCAAGGAACCUCCACAUGGUGGAUGAAGUCUUCAACUUGCAAACAUCUGACCCAUAUAUAAUGACAAAUCUGUCAGCAACUCAAAUGGAUAAAUCCAUUGAACUGAUUCAAGGAAAAAAUAUUGAGCUUCAUCUCAGUAAAAUUUGUGUUCAUUCAUCAGAUUACUUUCCAGUCAGCAUUUCAGGCCUGAAUUAUGGUCAGACAUUGUACUGGAAUAAGCACACAACUGGAAACCAUAAGCUCUUAGCCCUUGACUUCAGUGGCAUUGUCACAGCUGUGGGUAAAGAUGUCAGCAAAUUUAAAGUUGGAGAUUGUGUUGUGUCUUGUUACCCUGUGACUGCCACCUCUAAAGUAGUUCUCCCAGCAGCCGUUUGCUGCAAAGCAAAAAGACUUUCAUUCCUGAAUGACAUACCUUGUGUCUCUUAUAUGGUACUGGCUUGGGAGAUCUUCCAUGAGGCUUUACCCAAAGCUAAACAGCAAUGGAAAUUGGGUAUUUUCUCCACUGUUCCUGACUCAGCUUUGAUUAAUGUGUUAAUUGCUAUUGCAAACAGAUCAGGCUGGAAUGUCAGCGUGAGCGCGGAGGCUGAUCAGCUGUCUUGUGAUUUUAGUGAGGUUGUGGGAGCUGUACUUCUACCUCCUUAUAAUGUAGAAACCACUAAAAUAGCUAGCAGUGUUAGAGGCAUCAAAGACAUUGUUCUUAUCUAUGACAACCAGACAGAAUUUCCAUUCAAUACUACAACAUUCCAAGGUACAAAUGAGGAAGUCCGCUUCCAUGCCCUUCUCAUGUCCCAAAUAAUGCAAAAAGGCUCUCUGCAAAUGCAAAUGCCACACAUCUAUCAUUGGCUGAAAUCCAUGCAUUUGGACAGAAAGUCCUUGUCUUUGGACGCAACAGCUGUUCAAAGAGUAAAAUCUCAAGACACUGAUCUUCUGUCUGUAAAAGAAUCUGAAUCAUACUUCAGAUGCCAGAUCCUACCCAUUAUCAUCCUGAACAGUGUAGACAAGAACCAGCUGUCUGACAUUCCAGUGAUGUCCAAACACAGUCUAUUCAUGACAAAUUCAGUCUAUAUUGUCACAGGUGGUCUAACAGGGUUGGGCUUUGAGACAGUAAAGUUCAUUGCUCAGAAAGGAGGAGGGAACAUUGUCAUUCUGUCUAGAAGAAAUCCAGACCCUCAGAUGCAACAAGAGUUAAGUCAAUUCAGUAGCCGUUGGGGUUCUGUCAUUAAGUGUCUGCCGUGUGAUGUUUCUGUAUCUAAGCAAGUGGACCAGACAAUUGUAAAUAUUGGAAAACUAUUUCCAUCCAGUCCCAUCAAAGGGAUAUUUCACAGUGCGGUUGUCCUGCAUGAUGGGUUGAUUGAACAUCUUGACAAAUCUCUUUAUGAGAAAGUUAUGAGGCCAAAAGUAAAUGGAGUGAUUAACCUUCAUCGUGCUACCAUACAGUGCAAUCUGGAUUAUUUUGUGUGCUAUUCCUCCAUCUCUGCCUUCGUUGGCAAUGCCUCACAAACUAAUUAUGCUGCGGCUAAUACAUUCAUGGACAUUUUCUGUCAGUACCGCAGAAACAUUGGGCUUUCUGGACAGUCUAUUAAUUGGGGAGCUAUGAAUCUUGGUCUUUUGUUGAACAAAGUCCAAGUCCAAAGAUUUCUGGAGGCAAAGGGAAUUAUGCUUUUGGAAAUUCCAGAAAUCCAUGAAAGUCUUGAGCAGUGCCUCUUGAUCAACAAACCUCAACAGGUUGUAUGCAAAUUCAACUUUAAAAACAACAUUCUCAGUCAGAACAAAACACUAGUUGCAGUUGUUCACAAGUUGCGGUUGUUUAAAAUAGGACAUGAAGCUAUUAGUAAAACUGGAGUGGAUGUAUCUAGACCUGAACAACCCAAGAAAUCAUCCUCACCACGUGAUUAUCUGAAUUUCAUGAUUAGUGAAACAACUGGUAUUGACAUGGAUGAGCUGAAUGAUGAUGUUCAUCUUUUCGAUUUAGGCAUUGACUCAAUGUUAGCUAUGACUCUGCAGAAUCGUAUUUUAGAUGAUAGAGGUGUGAAUGUCCCUCUAGUGACUCUGCUGGAUCCAAAUAGCACACUCACAACUCUCAUUAAAAUCCUGGAGGAGAACUGUGUAGACGGAUAUCAGGGUGAAGAUGAGGGCAGUUCCACAUACUUGUGAUUUGUAAUUUGUAUUUCUUUGAAGCACAAGGACUCUGUUGGAAAGUCAAGACAUUUUGAUGUGAAAUGGGGUAUAUUUAGUAAUAUAGUAUGAUUAAACAUUGCAAUUAACUCAAAUUCAUAUAUCUUAAAAGGUUAAUAUAAAUUUCCCUCCUGCCUAUUGAAAUAUUGACAUAGAGAGGCAACUCUGUCUAACUAACUACUCUGUGUUAACACCACAUAUCAUUAACGUAGCAGAUUGCAGACUUAACAUCUUUUGUCAUUGUUUUAAUUUUAUUUUUGUUCUUGAGAUUACACUAGGUUUAAACACACAUUGAGCACUUCAUUUCGGUUUGUAAAAUUGCCUUCUAUUUUAAUGUACUUGAAGCAAAUGAUUUUAAUGUAAUGAAUCAAAGCUGUAUGAGUAAAUAAUUUUAUACUUAUAAAUGAUCAUAUCAUACUGACAUCUAAUUUUGCACUACUAAUUCAACAUUUGAUUUGUAAAUUAUCACAAUGAAAGGAAUAAACUGUAAAAUAUUGUUGUGAUUGGGAAUCAGAUGUGACUGUAAUAGUAUAUGAUGUGUGGGUAUAUAUACAUCAACCUUGUUAUCCAAGGCAAAUAUUUGAGAAAUAAAGAUUGUAAUGUUACAAAAAAUGUAAUGUUACAUUUUCAUUGUAUUCAUGAUUUUUAUGUAUUUUCACAGCUCUCUGUAUACCUAGUUCUGGGCCCUGUUCUUUGGAUGUGGAUUACUCAGUUAUCUGGAUUUUACUGUUGACAAUUUGACAUGAUCCAGGAUUAUUAGGUUCUUCAAAGCUCAUCAUGGAGUUAGUGUCAUAGCAACAGUGUUAGGUUGUUAGGUUCUUCGAAGCUCAUCAUUGCAUAAACCAAUUUUAAUUUUCCCUUAAGAUCACCCUUAUGUUUCCCUUAAACUUAAGUGAGUUGCAGAAAAUAGGGUAUCUUUAGGUGAAACAUCAUAAACCCUAAGAAUUUUCCUUAAGAAUCUAUUUUUUCACUUAAGUAAUCCCUUAAAAAAGAUAAGUGUUGCAUGAAACUUUAACCCUUUAACUGCCAUGUUCCUAAUUAGCACAAAAGGUUUGGAAAAUUUCACUUUAAGUUUUAAAUGACGUGAGCUGGUUUAAUCCAAGUCUUCUAACGAGACACGAUCGGCUGCUUUAUAUGAUAAACAAAUUUUAAUUUAGACAUUUAUUCACAUAAACAUUGAUCAAAAUAUAUUUGUAACACAUAUAUUAUAUGGGCAAUAGAAGCGCAAACGUGUGCAUCACAUGCAAGAACAAACCUCAUUGGUUCUUGUGCUUUUGUGCACGUUUGAGCUUCUGAAACGGCCUGAAUCAUAUGCAUUACUUUAUUGUCUUUCAAUGAAUGGACAUAAAUGAUGAGAGAAUAUUAAGAUAUUUUUGUUGAAAUUCGAUGGCUCAGUUAGGCCUGCAUAGCCA